UUGGAACAUCUCGCAAGCUUCUCCCUCCUCUGUUCUCAUCUGCCCCUCUCCCCUCCCCUCCCUCCCAACCCACCAAUCCACGUUGACUCGCCAACCAAUUCCAGACGCGUGCCGCUGAUGGACUCUUCUCCCACCGCCGCUGCCCGCCGCGCGGCGGCGAUCGCCCGCCACCUCGCUGGCCUCCCCUUCGGUGCCGCCGCCGCCGUGGCGGGGCUGCAGUUCUCCCCGUGCCUGAGCUACGCGCCCCCGGAAUCGUCCGGGGCCCCGCCGGCGUUCGCGCCGAUGGAGCUCCGAGCGCUCCUCGACGGGCACCACCUGAGGGAGCGCGACUGGGCGUACGGCGCGAUGGAGGAGAGCCCGCUCUUCUGCCCCCGCCGCGCCGGCGGCAAGGUGUUCGUGUCGCCGGACUACAACGAGGGGAAGGAGGGGCAGAGGGAGGCCACCAUGCGCCGGAUCGGGUACCUCACGCGCCGGGGCGUGUUCCGUGGCUGGCUCACGGAGCCAGGGCCCGACGCCGAGCUUCACAAGCUCGCGCUGCUCGAGUGCCUCGGCGUCUACGACCACUCCCUCGCCAUCAAGGUCGGCGUCCACUUCUUCCUCUGGGGAGGCGCUGUCAAGUUUCUUGGAACGAAGCGCCAUCAUGACAAAUGGUUGUUGGACACAGAAAACUAUGUUAUCAAAGGUUGUUUUGCAAUGACAGAAUUGGGUCAUGGGAGCAAUGUACGAGGAAUUGAGACAGUAGCAACUUAUGAUUCCAAAACAGGAGAGUUUGUGAUAAAUACUCCCUGCGAGUCAGCUCAGAAAUACUGGAUUGGUGGAGCUGCUAAUCAUGCUACACAUACAAUCGUCUUUGCUCAGCUCCAUAUAAAUGGAAGAAAUGAAGGAGUCCACGCUUUCAUAGCUCAGAUCAGGGAUCAAGAUGAAAAUGUGUUGCCUAAUAUCCAUAUAGCUGACUGUGGCCAUAAGAUUGGACUAAAUGGUGUUGAUAAUGGUCGGAUUUGGUUUAACAAUAUACGUGUUCCUCGAGAGAAUUUGCUGAAUCUGGUUGCUGAUGUUUUGCCAGAUGGGAAAUAUGUUAGCAUGAUAGAUAACCCAGAUCAGAGGUUUGCAGCAUUUUUGUCCCCUCUUACUCUUGGCCGGGUAAAUAUUGCAGUUAACGCGGUUUAUAUUUCAAAGGUAGGCCUAGCAAUUGCUGUGAGAUAUGCUUUGUCAAGGAGGGCCUUUUCAAUUACACCAGAAGGUCCUGAAAUGCUGUUACUUGAUUAUCCCAGUCACCAGAGGCGCCUCCUACCUUUGCUCGCAAAAGUGUGUAUGAUGAGCAGUGCUAGUAAUUUUAUGAAAAAUGUGUAUGUGAAAAGAACACCUGAAAUUAGUAAAGCGAUACAUGUUUACUCUAGUGCUCUGAAAGCUACAUUAACCUGGCAGAAUAUGACCACGCUUCAGGAGUGUCGUGAGGCCUGUGGUGGCCAAGGUUUAAAGACCGAGAAUCGCCUUGGAAUUUUCAAAGCCGAAUUUGAUGUUCAGUCUACAUUUGAGGGUGACAAUAAUGUUCUACUCCAGCAGGUAAGCAAAGCCCUAUACGCUGAAUUUUUAACGACGCAAAGGAAGAAGAAGCCAUUCAAGGGAUUGGGAUUGGAACAUCUGAAUGGCCCUUGCCCUGUUAUUCCCCAUAGUCUGACAAGUGACAUAUUAAGGAGCUCCAAGUUCCAGAUGGAUUUGUUCUGCUUGAGGGAGCGGGAUUUACUGAAACAGUUCGCAGAGGAGGUAGCUCGCUAUCUGGCACAAGGGGAGAGCAGAGAAAGGGCUCUGAUGCUGAGCUACCAAAUUGCUGAAGACUUAGCUAGAGCAUUUACUGAGCGGACAAUUUUGCAAAUAUUUUUGGAGGAUGAGAUGAAUGCUCCUGCUGGUUCUUUAAAGGAUGUAUUGGGGUUACUGAGGUCUAUGUAUGUAAUGGUGUGCAUAGAUGAAUCUGCAUCUUUUCUGAGAUACGGUUAUUUGUCGCGGGACAAUGUAGCCACCGUGAGGAAAGAAGUCAUGAUACUGUGCAGUGAACUCAGGCCCCAUGCGCUUGCUAUUGUCGAUUCUUUCGGAAUCCCUGAUGCCUUUCUCAGUCCACUUGCUUUCGACUGGAUCGAAGCAAAUGCUCUAUCUUCCGGGAGCGAAUGACUAUACACCUUCAGACCCCCAAUGAGGACGUAGCCCCGUAAAUGUUAAACUAUUACAGAUGGGGCAGCCAAAUGCAGAUUACUAAACAAAGACAGGUGCAUAAUGCAUUUGGUGCUUCAUGUGGUUUACACAGUUUAUAAUAAUAGUUGUUGAAGUGUACAGUCGAAGAUGCUGAUCUGCGCAGAAAAUAGGGAAUUUGGUGUAUGCAUCAGUUCAUGUAUUGUCUUGUCUAAAUUACGCCAAUAAAACUGAAUAAGCUGAUAUGGCCCAGGGGCUCACAGCGUAAAUAGUGUACACAAUGUUGUUUGGUGUAAAUUCUUUCUUUUUUGACAAUAUGUUGUUGAACCGUACACAAAGCAAUAAGCCAGAGCCAGUGCAAAAUCCGUUGGAUUGGAUUUCAUGA